GGAACCACGCCGCCUCCCAGCCACGGUAAUACGCGUUAAGCGCGGACCUUUCAACCCGAACUUUAUUAAUUCUCACGCUAGGCCCCUGGAAGGCGAUGGAGGUGGCCGCUAAUUGCUCCCUGCGGGUGAAGAGACCUCUGUUGGAUCCCCGCUUCGAGGGUUAUAAGCUUUCCCUCGAGCCGCUGCCCUGUUACCAGCUGGAGCUUGACGCAGCUGUGGCAGAAGUAAAACUUCGAGAUGAUCAGUAUACACUGGAACACAUGCAUGCUUUUGGAAUGUAUAAUUACCUACACUGUGAUUCAUGGUAUCAAGACAGUGUCUACUACGUUGAUAACCUUGGAAGAAUUAUGAAUUUAACAGUGAUGCUGGACACUGCCUUAGGAAAACCACGAGAGGUGUUUCGACUUCCUACAGAUUUGAUAGCAUAUGAUAAUCGCCUUUGCGCAUCCAUGCAUUUCACAUCUUCUACAUGGGUUACCUUGUCAGAUGGAACUGGAAGAUUGUAUCUCAUUGGAACAGGUGAACGUGGAAAUAGUGCUUCUGAAAAAUGGGAGAUUAUGUUUAAUGAAGAGCUUGGAAAUCCUUUUAUCAUAAUUCACAGUAUCUCAUUGCUGAAAGCUGAAGAACAUUCGAUAGCUACCCUGCUUCUUCGAAUAGAGAAAGAGGAAUUGGAUAUGAAAGGAAGUGGUUUCUAUGUUUCCUUGGAGUGGGUCACUAUUAAUAAGAAAAAUAAAGAUAAAAAAAAAUAUGAAAUUACUAAGCGUAAUAUUCUCCGUGGAAAGUCAGUGCCCCAUUAUGCUGCUAUUGAGCCCGAUGGGAAUGGUCUAAUGAUUGUCUCUUACAAGUCCUUUACAUUUGUUCAAGUUGGUCAGAAUCUUGAGGAAAGUAAGGAUGAAGACAUGUCAGAGAAAAUCAAAGAAACUCUGUAUUACUGGCAACAGACUGAAGAUGAUUUGACAGUAACAAUAUCGCUUCCAGAAGACUGUACUAAGGAAGACAUUCAAAUACAGUUUUUGCCUGAUCAUGUCAACGUUGUGCUGAAGGGUCAGAGGUUUUUGGAAGGAAAUCUCUAUUCAUCUAUUGAUCAUGAAAGCAGUACAUGGAUAAUUAAAGAGAAUAAUAGCUUGGAGAUUUCCUUGAUUAAGAAGAAUGAAGGACUGACAUGGCCAGAGCUAGUGGUCGGUGAUAAACAGGGGGAAUUUAUUAGAGACUCAGCCCAAUGUGCUGCAAUAGCUGAACGUUUGAUGCAUUUGACCUCUGAUGAACUGAAUCCAAAUCCAGAUAAAGGUAAACCUCCUUGUAAUGCUCAAGAGUUAGAAGAAUGUGAUAUUUUCUUUGAAGAGAGCUCCAGUUUAUGCAGAUUUGAUGGCAGUACAUUAAAAACUACUCAUGUGGUGAAUCUUGGAAGCAACCAGUACCUUUUCUCUGUCAUAGUGGAUCCUAAAGAAAUGCCCUGCUUCUGUUUGCGCCAUGAUGUUGAUGCCCUUCUCUGGCAACCACACUCUAGCAACCAAGAUGAUAUGUGGGAGCAUAUCGCAACUUUCAAUGCUUUAGGCUACGUCCAAGCAUCAAAGAGAGACAAAAAAUUUUUUGCCUGUGCUCCAAAUUACUCUUAUGCAGCCCUUUGCGAGUGCCUUCGACGAGUUUUCAUCUAUCGUCAGCCCACUCCCAUGUCCACUGUACUUUACAAUAGGAAGGAAGGCAGAAAAAACAUUACAAGAGGGCAAGCCCUAAUGUACAAGAGUUUAUCAAGCCUGCACUUGCAUCAUAUUUGCUCAUCUUCCAUUGAACAAAGCAAGUCUAGAGUCAGUGUGAGAGUGGAGUACACAAGGAUACAGAUAGCAGGUGGUAUGUUUCACUGGGAGCCAUUUAUGAGCUGAUAUAUAUUGUCUACAAGAAAUGGCAGUUUGAGAAUAUUAUACAGUUAUGGUGAAAACCACCAGAACAAAUUCAAACAGUAACAUUAAAAGAGUUUUUCUCGAGCUUCCCUGGUGGCACAGUGGUUAAGAAUCCCCCUGCCAAUGCAGGAGACACGGUUUCGAGCCCUGGUCCAGGAAGAUCCCACAUGCCACGGAGCAACUACGCCCGUGCACCACAACUACUGAGCCUGUGCUCUAGAGCCCGCGAGCCACAACUACUGAGCCCAUGUGCCACAACUACUGAAGCCCUGAUGCCAAGAGCCCGUGCUCUGCACCAAGAGAAGCCACCGCAAUGAGAAGCCUGAACACCGCAACGAAGAGUAGCCCCCGGAUGCCGCAACUAGAGAAAGCCCACGCGCAGCAACGAAGACCCAACGCAGCCAAAAAUAAAUAAUAAAUAAAUUUUUAAAAAAGUUUUUCUCUGAUGGACGG